AUGGAUCGCAGCCUCGACGAAACCAUCGCUGAACGGCAGGUCCGUCUUUACCCUGAUCGUACAAUUGACUCCAUGUUGACCACCACCCAGAGAGCAGAAAACCGCUCUCGUAGAGCCCCGCCACCGCAGCGCCGUAGAGAAUACAAUUAUCCUCGCGAUGGCGUCAGAAAGUCUGCGAGAGAUGAUCGCGCGAAUUUGGACAAUGACUGGGUCCACGACCGAUACGAUGACGAACCAGACAGCCGCCGCUACGAUCGACCAAGAGAAGGCAAUUACCGUCGCGAUGAAGAUCGCUCGCCAGAACGCGACAGAAAACCUCCUCCAGCCAAGCUCAGAGUUGACAACUUGCAUUACGACCUGACCGAGGAGGACAUUUGGGACCUCUUCCAACGCAUUGCGCCUGUGAAGGAAGCCCGACUACGCUACGACCGCGCUGGCCGAUCCGAAGGGAUCGCUUUUGUCACAUACGCCCAUGUUGCCGAUGCAAGAGCUGCCAUCCGCGAGUUCGAUGGUGCCAACGCAAAAGGACAGCCAAUUCAUCUCACACUACUUCCGCUCCCCAGACGAGACAACCCUUUUGACCGCGUGGAGAACCCCAAAAGCCUUUUUGACAGAAUCGAGGCUCCAGGGAGCCGUAGCCGACGACGAAGUGAAAGUCCGAUGGAGGAGCUGGAUGAAGAGCGAAGGAACCGACGCGCGCCACGGCGGGGAGGUCCGAGGGACCGAAGGAGUGACACCACCAAACCCCCUCCCGAGAAUAUUGAUCGCUAUGUCCCAGGCCAGCGUGACAGCCGAAGUUCUAGUCAUCGCGGAGGGCGGAGACCGGGUGAGCGGAGGGAACGCGCCGGUAGAGAUGGAGAAGGACACAGAUUGGUGAAUGGCAGGCCUCGUAAGACCGCGGAGGAGCUCGAUGCCGAAAUGGAUGACUAUUGGGGGACUGCUAAUGCCCACGAUGACACCUCCCACACUGCUCCAGCGGCGCAAGAAGCUCAGCCUACGGCUGGAGAUGACAUCGACAUGAUUGAGUAA